UAUUCGGUUGCAGAAGCAAACAAACAUCUUCCCCGAGACCAGCUAGAUUUGGUAGAGAAGUACAUCCAAGUCUGUAAAAGGCGUCGAGCUCAAAGUGAUGGACGGCGAGUCGUCACAGUUGGCCCAUUUAAGUGUACCUUCGGUUGCGGAAGAAGUACAAAGUACUCGUUUGAUUGGAGGCGUCAUGAAGAACUGCAUGAACCACAAGAGCUUUGGCUAUGCUACUUAUGCUUGGAGGGCAAGGAACCGAAUCCGUUCUUAAUCGGUCGCAGAGACAAGUUUAUUAAACAUGCCAAAGACUACCACAAGAGUCUGGAGCAUGAAUUGGUCCUUGAGAGAUCAAAACUCGACUUUCGACCAAACAUUCAACUCCAAUGCCCGUUUUGUUCUAAGUGCUUCAAGUCGUGGGACAAAAGGUGCCGACACAUCCUCUCGCAUUAUGAAGAUGAAUCCAAUAGUAGC